AUGGACAUGGUGAGUGCGGAUGCCUCCGUAUCACCGCUGGAGACCACACAGAAGCAUGUCCAACUUCAACGUCCACACUGGGAAAUCCUGGUUACUGGUCUGCUGCAGGUGCUCAAUAAAUUGUUCCCCACUUGCUCCGAUAACUUUCGAGACGAGAAAAUCCUUCCCUGGCUGUUUCGUCUCACGGAAGUAAACAAUCGCAGCCCGGACAGCGAACAGCGGCAAAGAUUGGUUCAGCGUCUGAUCGCCGUCUUCUCCACUGCCGCCUUCUGUCUCGGCACGGAGCCUUCCAUGACGACUUGGGUGAUGCCGGGUCUGGACCGUCUCCGACUGGAUCUCAUUGAAGCCGGUGAUAAGGACGCCGCCGAGGAGUUGGAACAACUGCCUUCGCCUACGAGCUCUACAGAGAACAAGCCGGCUUCCGGCCUUAGAGAGAAAUUAUCCAAUCUGCUCGAGUCUACCACACAUUCUACCUCUUCCUCAUCCUCGAAGACUGGUCACCACCGUACCAACUCCGCGACUCUCUCUAGAAAGGUCUUCGCAUUUUCGAAACGAAGUUGA